CCUUGCCACUUCACAACUGUGAUUUUGCUGCUGCUGUGGCUUGUAAAACCUGCGUUUUCUGAAGGUCUCAGGUGACCCCUGUGAAAGGCUCUUUCAACCUCCCAAAGCAGCCAUGACUAAAGAUUGAGAACCAUUGCUCUAGACAGGAAAAACACAAUUUCCCCAUUUUGUAACUGAAUUGAUUCGAAUAUCUGGAUUUACUGCAUGGUCAUUGUUGUAACCAAAUCGGUGUUGUAACGGUGUAAAGACAGAUAUUAUAAAUCAAGAGAAUAGAACAGAAGGUCCAGAAGUAAGUCAUCUAAUUUUUGACAAAAAUAGUCAACAAUAUGUGGGAGAAAAGAUGACCUCUAUAUCUAAUGAUGCUUGAGAUUAAAAACCUUAAUGUACAAACAGAAACAGGAUUUGGUGGAUAGUCAAGUGUUUGUUGUGAAAACAUGGGGUCCUGAGUUCAGAUUCCCAGAGCCCAUUUAAAGCUAGAGGUUGGUGUAUGUUUUGUCUCUUUGUAUAUUUGGGGUACAAGUUUACAUCAAGUAUUUUGCAAACACCCCACCCCCACCGCAACUUUUCCCUUGGCUUUUCAUUCUCUUAACAGAUUUCUUUUUCCCACAGCAGAAAUUUUAAAAACCUUUUACACAUUGUGAUAAAGUGUUCUAUAUAAUGUCUCCAUGCCAAGAUUUUCUUCCAUGUUUAAUCGCCCCUUCUACCAGCCAGAUGAUGCACCGCUGUUUUUGACAGGAUUUUCACAGAACAAGAUCUCUAACAUUUGGGACUUUCCAUAACAAGUUCCCCCAGUCAGACAGCAGCUCUGAAACAAACCAUGCUCCUCACAACACAGCCACAGCUUGACCUUGGGAGUAGUAUUUCCUGUUAGCUUUGGGGCUGAUUUGACUCGCAAAUCUCUGGCUCUAAUUUUUGCUUUCGCCUUGCAAACCCCCUCUGCUUGAAGGGACCAUAAACUCUGGGAGUGCAACGUAUCUUUCUGGAAGUGUCAAGGAUGCUGCAGAGUCAUAGAAAUCCUAAGGCCAUCUUUGUUUCUCCCUCUCCUUGAGUCUCUUUCUCAAUACGUCCUAAGGUCACACAGGGAGUCAAAAGCAAGACUUGAAACAACUUUACUGCUCCAAGUUGUGCUCCCCGUAACCAUGGAAACCAGACCAGGGACCAGAGCUGGGCAGAGGGGCGUGCAGCCUGCAGGAACCGCAGAGGCCUUCCCUGCACUCCUUGGCUACAGCGCGCGGGUCGCAGCCGAGUCGCCCGCCACCCCGCGGCCACCAGCGGCGCACCCGCUUCCUCGGGGCUCCGCCCCGCCCCGCGCCCCGGAACCCUGCUGAGGGCCCCGGACGUGUCGCAGAGCUGACCGCAGGACCCCCGGAGGCGGACGGCGAGGCAUGGCGACGCGGGCCCGUGGCUUGUCGCUGCUCCGGGGCCGCCUGGGCCGAGGGCCUGCGCGAGCCCCGGGCGUAGCGGAGCGCGCGUGGCGGGGCUUCGGGAGCAGCAGCCGAAGACACGAAGCCGUUAUCAUCUCAGGAACUGAAAUGGCCAAACAGAUCCGGAGAGAACUACAGCAAGGUGUGGAAUCGUGGCUUGCUCUUGGGAACAGGAGGCCUCACCUCAGUAUCAUUUUAGUGGGAGAUAACCCAGCAAGCCACACCUACGUCAGGAAUAAGAUCAGAGCCGCUUCUGCUGUAGGCAUCUGCAGUGAGCUCAUCGUGAAGCCCAAGAAUGUUUCUCAGGAGGAACUUUUGGAUAUCACUGAUCAACUGAACAUGGACCCAAGAGUCAGUGGGAUAUUAGUUCAACUACCCCUUCCAGACCACGUGGAUGAGAGAACAAUAUGCAAUGGGAUCGCUCCCGAAAAAGACGUAGAUGGGUUUCACAUUAUCAAUAUCGGAAGACUGUGCCUUGACCAGCAUUCGCUGAUCCCCGCCACGGCCAGCGCCGUUUGGGAAAUCAUCAAAAGAGCAGGCAUUGAAACAUUUGGGAAAAACGUGGUUGUGGCAGGACGAUCCAAGAACGUGGGCAUGCCGAUCGCCAUGUUGCUGCACACGGACGGAGAGCACGAGCGCCCCGGAGGCGAUGCGACGGUGACCAUAGCUCACAGACACACCCCCAGAGAGCAACUGAAGGCCCAUACUCAGCUGGCAGAGAUUAUCAUAGUGGCUGCAGCUGUUAAGAAGAAGGCCAGCUUUAUCACUCCAGUCCCAGGAGGUGUGGGACCCAUGACUGUGGCCAUGCUUCUGAAGAACACACUUCUGGCUGCCAAGAAUAUCACCUACUAGAUCGCAGGGGAGAGCACACAGAAGGAGUACUGCUGCCUAUUUAUUUGACAACAGGAGAAAUCCUUUCUAUUUUACUACAAAGCUAUUUAUUUCUACAUGUAUUUAUUUUUUCAUGAGUGGAAUCAUUCUGGAACUGAUUAUUUACAUGACUUUAUGCAUUUCUUGCUGAUAGAUUUGAGUCUUAAGAAAAGAAAAUCAAAACAAUUCCAAUGACGAUUGUGGUGGCAAUUCUUUAUUUUAUGGAUGUUUGUUCAUAAUGUUAAAACAAAUGAAGAGUUCAUAUUUAAUAAAUAUAUUUUUGACAUAGCCUACACACUGUAUGUUUUCAAAACUGUAUGUUUGCCAGCUAAAUGGUGCCAUGUAAGCUGUAACUUAAGUUUUGGUAUAACCAUGAUUUUUCUAUACAGUCUAUAUUCUAGGUUGUCUAUGGAGAAGAGCAUUCUGCAAGGCAGUCCUCUGGGAGGUUUAAGAACUGGAAGCUAUUCCAGAAAGCAAAGGCUGCAACGACACGUGAAAAACUGAGAGUGAUUGAUCACAUUGUGUAGUAAAGGCCACGGGUGUUAGGUUUCCACACCGUUCAGUUCAGUUCACUGGUGAUAGGAACAAACUCGCCAACCAAAUGAAUGGACAAAGGCAAACUAAAGUGUUUCCCCACAAACAUCAACCAAAUACAAUGCUGAUGUAUCUUGAGUGAACCUGUCAUUAAAUAACUGUUAGCGAUAUGUUUGUUCACGGGGACAGAUAUCUGAUAGAAUCGUAAUGCUAAGAUUUUGUUGGAUAUUACAAAUAGCUAGUUUUUGUGCACACACAUCUUCUCUUUCCUAGGCUAGUAUUUAGUUCCUAACACAGACACUGUGUUUCUAACACAAUUCAAAUUGGGAACUGUGUGUGACUAUUACUUGAAGGUUAUUUAAUGUAAUUAAAUAGCUAUGUAAUUGGUACUGUGAUUUCACGCCCAAAUCCCAGUAUGUUUAUGUACUAAUAAUGAUCCUUGUUCAAUGCAUGUCUUUAUCAUUGUCCUCCUUGUGUGGAGAUAGACUAGCUGUCUAUCAUUAAUAUCCUGUCCAAUAAAUUAAUAACUGUCCAAUAAAAGCAUUUUGAAGAAGAA